AUGCACAAACUCCGAGCGGGCCAGCGCCAUGCCAGUGUUCGGAAACGACGUCUGAUGGGCGAUUCCUCCGACGACCUUUCCUCGACGCGCGAAGACAUGUUUCCUCCCCCUCCGCCGCUCCCAGUGCCAGCACAGCCCCCGUCUACACAUGCAUUUAGCAGAACCCCUGUUCCAGCCCCAUUACCUUUUCAACGUUUUAUUCUUCCCCGUCGCAGAAACCUGGUUUACUCGAGCCCCGUUCCGUUGCCAAUGCGCAACAUCCCGCCACCCCCAACACUUCCUGCACUAACACCUCACGUCAGCCACAACGUGCUGCCCGUUCCCAUGGCGCAAGAGGCUCCCCAUCCACCAAAUCUGCAACAAUCCCAAGGCAUUCCAAACGCUAUGCUGCCCCCGAAUCAAGGCGAUCAACCUCAACGCCCAUUUUCGCGGUUCCGUCCGCGAGAAGAACAUUCUUCACGUUUUAUUGCCGCAGCGCCUGCCAUGUCAAAUCUGGUAGAACCUUUGAUACCAGUCAACGAUGCUUCGAGCCCCGAACGGGACGAAAUGGAUGUGAUUAUGCAUACGCUGAAUUCAAAAUAUCGUUCCCCUCAAAACGCCUUCAACAAUUCCUCCAAGAUUAGAUCGAUUCUUGCUGAAAGGGAACGAAUUUUAUACCGACUUCUUCGUCGGCGCCAGGCUGAACUCGCCGCCAUGCCCCUCGGAAUGACCGAGCAGACGCGGAGAAAGGCAAUCAUUGAAGCAAAACAACUCUCUCUACUGGACCUACAACGCAUUGCUCGCUUCAGAGUGUGUGGAGAAAUGAAGAAAAUGUACUCUCCUGUCAUUCAAGAAGAUGGUGUUGUGCCUACAGAUCAUCUUACAAGAUUAUUUCGUCGACAAGACCCUCCGAUAUACUCCUACACGGAGGGUUGCCCCAGGAUAACGCCUUUUGAUGGUAUCAAUGAGCUUCCGUCCCGCCCGCCCGCCGUUGUUGCACAAGAUAGCAUCCGACUAGCUCACGCAGAUUUGUCAAGAAUGGACAUGCAAAGGCAAAAGCGCAAUCGAAGAUACCAAGCAAAGCUACAAGCACAUGUCGAAAAUUUUCAAAAUGCGUCUGCAUUUGCCAGAAACUGCAGGGCUCGAAUAUGGAAAGGUUUGGAAAGACACUUUCUCGAAAAGAAGCGUCUUGAGGAAAAGAAGAAGAAGCUUGAACGAAUGGAAAGACUCCGUUUGCUGAGAAGCAAUGAUGAGCAAGCGUACUUGAGGCUUCUUAAUGACACCAAAAAUGAGCGCCUUCUGCAGCUCGUGCGACAGACGGACAACUACCUCAUGCAGAUAGGUGCCCAGGUUGAAAAGACGCGAGAUGUAGUUAAUGAUUCGAAUUUGGAAAAGUCGGACAAUAUGUUUUCCCAAGAGCUGGGUAUGCGACAACAAGUGCCGAUCGAAGCAAUGCGCAAGAGACGGGACAUGUAUUACACAGUAACGCAUUCAGUUCAGGAAGAGGUGAAACAACCGUCCAUCAUGGGUCACGGAGAACUGAAGUCUUACCAACUGGAAGGCCUGAAAUGGAUGGUGUCGCUAUACAACAACAAUCUGAACGGAAUUCUUGCUGAUGAGAUGGGGCUGGGGAAGACUAUCCAGACAAUUGCAUUGAUCACCUAUCUCGUGGAGGCGAAAAAGAAUCCGGGCCCAUAUCUCAUUAUCGUUCCCCUGAGCACAAUGGGCAAUUGGGUGAGGGAAUUAGACUUGUGGGCCCCAAGUUUGAAAAAAGUGGCGUACCGCGGUGACAGGCACACCCGUCGAGCGAUUCAGCAAAAGCAGAUGAGCGACGGAGAUUUCAAUGUGCUUCUAACGACGUAUGAAUUCACGGUGAAGGAUCAGCUGGUUCUCAGUCGUAUCCGCUGGCAGUACAUUAUCAUCGAUGAGGGGCAUAGGAUGAAGAAUGCAAAUUGCAAACUGGCCAUGACGCUGGGCGUGCGGUACAAAUCUCGAAAUCGCUUACUGUUAACCGGUACCCCACUGCAGAACAACCUGACGGAGCUUUGGGCUCUGCUGAAUUUUCUCCUGCCUACAAUUUUUGCUUCUGCUGACACGUUUGAGACGUGGUUUAAACAGCCUUUUGAGUCAACUACUUUAGGCGACACAGCUGAGUUGGAAGAGGAGGAAACACUACUUAUCAUCAAUCGGUUGCACCAGGUUCUACGACCGUUCCUCUUACGAAGACUAAAGACGGAUGUCGAGUCUCAGUUGCCCGAGAAAGUUGAACAUGUCAUUCGCUGCGACAUGUCAUCCUGGCAACGAGUGCUUUAUCGCCAAGUGCAAAGUCGCAUCGGGCUUUCAACUGGAGGACACAACACGUCGGUGAAGUCGUACAACAAUCUACUCAUGCAGAGCAAGAAAAUCUGCAACCACCCCUACCUCUUCUACGAUGCUGAGGCGAUUCUAGAUCUGCCGCAAGACCAUCUGGUUCGCGCUAGUGGGAAGUUUUUCCUUCUGCAGCACAUGCUCCCAAAAUUCCGGAUACAUGGUCACAGAACGCUCAUAUUCUCACAAAUGACAGCGGCCCUUGACUAUCUUGAAGAUUUUCUAGUUGCCAUCGGAAUUCAAUAUAUCCGACUCGAUGGCAAUACACGGGCAGACGAUAGACAGAACCUUUUGAAUAGAUUCAAUGAGAAGGAUUCACCAUACUUCUGCUUUUUGCUUUCAACAAGAGCUGGUGGCGUGGGCCUCAACCUCCAAUCCGCUGACACAGUAAUAAUUUUUGAUUCAGACUGGAAUCCAAUGAUGGAUUUACAAGCGCAAGAUCGCGCUCAUCGUAUCGGUCAGACGAAGGAGGUUCGAGUUUACCGCCUAAUAUGUUCUGGUACAGUCGAAGUAAAGAUCCUUGAACAAGCCAAUCGCAAGUUGCAGAUUGACGCGCAGGUUAUUCAAGCUGGGCAAUUCAAUAACAAGAGUACGGAAAGCGAUCGCCAUCAGAUGCUAAAAGACAUUUUGCGGCAAAAGACCGAUGACGGGGAUGAGGUGGGUGUGGUUCCUGACAUGGAAGAAUUAAAUCGGCUAUUUGCAAGAUCAGACGAAGAAUUUGAAGAAUUCACGAAGUACGAUGAGGAAUGCCGGGAAACAGGCGCUCUUAGGCCGCUUUUUGCAAAGGAUUCGGAGUUGCCUGAGUGGGUGCUGCAACCUGAAAUGGAUUUUAAAACAGAGGAAGAGAAGGCGAAGGAAAUUUUGCUAUCGCAUGGUCGAGGAAGACGGCGACGAAAUACUACGCAGGGUGUGGACUUUACAGAUGCAGAAUGGCUGAAGGUGAUGGAAGGAGACUUAACGUAUGAUGAAGUUUUGGAACGUCGGAAGGUGCGCAAUGCGCGGCGUUCUCUGAAGACGGCGGGACGAAAUCGUACAGAGUCAAGUGAUACGGGGUCCGGAUCGACUUUCAAAAAGGACGUCAAGACAGAGACGGCAAGUGUGAAUGGAGGUGCGGUAGUGCCGAGCCGAGCGGAUUCAGGAGGCGUAUCAUCGGCGGGAGCAAGCUCGAGCGAUGCUACAGGUGAGUUAGAAGAAAAGUCGGAAAUGAGGAAUGGGAUGGUAGCAUCUCAAAAUGGACGAAAGCGGCGACGAGGAGGAGACGCCGCGAGCAAGGCGGAGUCACAAGAGACGCAGCGGCGAGAGCAAUCCAGCGAGGUGGAAUUAUCGGUGGCAACAGGUCGGGAGGAAGGGAAUGGAGACCUUGGAUUUCCAGUGAAACUCCGACUGAGAAAACGGCAUGCACAAGUGGAAGAUAGCGGCCAUAACGAGAUGAUGGACAUAGACUCCGGCAAUCAGACGGACCACACGAGACAAAUGAACGGGACGGUGUCUUUCAGCCGUGAGCGAAAACGAAGGCGACGGUUGGAGGAGGAAAAUGUUGACGGGGAUAGUGGUGGCCCUGAAAAGGGCAGAAAGAGAUCACACAAGGGUGAGGGAGGUAGAGAUCUAACUGGUGGAGAGGAGAGGGUAAUACUUAAACUUCGGCUGCGACAGACUGCGAACGGGGUAUAGAGUGAGUUGGGACGAGGAUGUGCAUUAAAACAGUUUUGUACAA